CUCUAGGUCAGAUCUUCGUUUUUGUUGCCAUUUAAUGUACGUUUUUGGCGUUGUAUCGGAUUCUGGAGCUUUUGAGUUAAAGUAAUUCACAAAACAUGUAAAUUACACGCUGCAAUAGAAAACACGAGCAUUACUGCGGGACUAUCUAAACACGCAUAUCGAGUCAUUUUUCAUUUACAUAUGUACAUACAUAUAUGUAUGUACAUGUCUACAUGUAUAAACGAGUUAAAAUACUUUGGGAAAAUUAAAUGUUACAUACAUACAUACAGGGAAAAUUGUGAUUAAUGAGUAGCGCCACAGUAGCGCUUCGUUCUUGCCCAAGGUUUCCCAGUGAAUGUGUGUGUUUUUGUGGAAGUACUGACAUACUUGCAAUUACAAACGACCAAUUUUAAUUUAAUCUACCAGUACAAUGGCAGCCGCAUCCUCAUCAGCUGCCGGCGAUGUGCCACGCCCACCACCCCGUCGCCGCGCCGCCUCUGUUGCUGGUCAACAGCAGCAGUGUCUGUCAAACAACAGCUUGGAACGUGGAAAUGGACACACGCCGCGGCGAUCGUUGGCUUCAAUGAAUGAUAAUGCCGAUUCGUGCCACCUGCGCAUUGUUGUUAUAAGCGGUAAAUCUUUGGCCAAAAAAGAUAUCUUUGGUGCCAGCGAUCCAUAUGUCAGAAUCGAUCUGAAUACAAUUAACGGUGAUAUCAAUAUCGACUCGGUUUUAACAAAAACCAAAAAGAAGACACUUAAUCCAGCCUGGAACGAAGAGUUCAUAUUCAGAGUUAAGCCAUCUGAGCAUAAGCUCGUUUUUCAAGUAUUUGACGAGAAUCGUUUGACUCGAGAUGACUUUCUAGGAAUGGUUGAGCUCACACUUGUGAACUUGCCCACGGAACAAGAAGGCCGCACUAUUGGCUCCCAAAGUUAUACACUGCGUCCGCGCAGGUCAGUAGGCGCAAAAUCACGCAUCAAAGGUACCUUGGAGAUCUACCAUGCUUUCAUACAUGAAUCACGUGAAGAAAGUGAACCUGCAACCAACAAUAGCGAUGGUGAAUGGGAGCAUGUAGAGCCCAGCAAUACAAAUGAAACCACCGCUCAACCCCAUCCUUUUCCCAGCGCAAGUCACGAUAUGCUUCCAGCCGGCUGGGAGGAACGGCAAGAUGCCAAUGGACGCACGUACUAUGUAAAUCAUACGGCAAGAACAACGCAGUGGGAACGACCAACCAAUUUAACUAGCAACAAUAGCCAUGCAAAUGAGCAGCUUGCCUCAGAUUUCCAAAGACGUUUCCACAUCAGUGUGGAUGAAACCGAAACAGGACGAGCGUCGACUGAAGACACCGAUCACACAGACAGCAACGCUCCCUCAGAGAUCUCAGAUCCAUCAACGCGACGUAAUUCCGAAGAAGACAAUGCGGCUGUGAAUACAGAACAAAACGCCGCAAGUGAAGAGGAAGCGCUGCCACCUCGCUGGUCUAUGCAAGUGGCCCCUAAUGGGCGCACUUUCUUCAUUGAUCAUGCGGCCCGUCGAACCACUUGGAUUGACCCUCGGAAUGGACGCGCUAGUCCUAUGCCCAACCAAACGCGCCGUGUAGAGGAUGAUCUGGGACCUCUGCCCGAGGGCUGGGAAGAGCGUGUCCACACCGACGGACGUGUGUUUUACAUAGACCAUAAUACACGCACUACGCAGUGGGAAGAUCCGCGUUUGUCUAAUCCAAAUAUAGCAGGUCAGGCGGUGCCUUAUUCCCGAGAUUACAAACAAAAAUAUGAAUAUUUCAAAAGUCAUAUUAGAAAACCUACAAAUGUACCAAAUAAAUUUGAAAUACGCAUACGCCGUACAUCGAUAUUGGAGGACUCAUAUAGAAUAAUAAGUUCGGUGACUAAAACCGAUUUACUGAAAACUAAGUUAUGGGUAGAGUUUGAAGGAGAGACUGGUUUAGAUUAUGGUGGGCUUGCUAGAGAAUGGUUUUAUUUACUAUCCAAAGAAAUGUUUAAUCCUUACUAUGGACUUUUUGAGUACUCGGCGAUGGACAACUACACUUUACAAAUAAACAAUGGUAGUGGCUUGUGCAACGAAGAGCAUUUGAGUUAUUUCAAAUUCAUUGGUCGUAUAGCGGGCAUGGCUGUUUAUCAUGGCAAACUGCUGGACGCUUUUUUUAUACGACCCUUCUACAAAAUGAUGCUGCAAAAGGCCAUUGACCUAAAGGACAUGGAAUCGGUUGAUACCGAAUACUACAAUUCACUUAUGUGGAUCAAAGAGAACGAUCCUAGAAUUUUGGAAUUGACAUUCUGUUUAGACGAGGACGUAUUUGGCCAGAAGAGUCAACAUGAACUUAAGCCCGGUGGUGCCAACGUUGAAGUGAGCAACGAGAACAAAGACGAAUACAUCAAACUCGUCAUCGAAUGGCGCUUUGUGGCGCGUGUCAAGGAACAAAUGACUGCCUUUUUAGAUGGCUUCGGUUCAAUUAUACCUCUGAAUCUAAUUAAAAUAUUUGAUGAACAUGAAUUGGAACUGCUUAUGUGCGGAAUUCAGAAUAUCGAUGUUAAAGAUUGGCGCGAAAACACACUUUACAAGGGUGACUAUCAUAUGAAUCAUAUUAUCAUACAAUGGUUUUGGCGUGCUGUGCUCUCCUUCUCAAAUGAGAUGCGCUCGCGUUUGCUGCAAUUUGUUACGGGUACAUCGCGUGUGCCUAUGAACGGUUUUAAAGAACUGUAUGGCUCCAACGGCCCCCAAAUGUUUACGAUUGAAAAAUGGGGAACGCCUAACAAUUUUCCACGCGCACACACCUGCUUUAAUCGCUUGGAUCUGCCACCAUAUGAAGGAUACUUACAAUUGAAGGAUAAGCUAAUCAAAGCCAUUGAGGGCAGUCAAGGCUUUGCGGGUGUUGAUUAAUAACGAUGGCCUUUUUCAUCCUAUUGGCUAUGUGUGUAAUUGUGGUAUAAUUCUGUUAAUGACUAUGUCGCAAUGCCAAUUACACACUACAUCACAAUUACACCGUCAUCCAAUGAGUUGCUCAGUAGCUGCCGCCAACGCAACAACAUCUACACAGCUUAUAGCACCAAAUCGUGUACUUAUUUUAGCAUGUUUUUUAACUGGCGCCUACAAACAAAGCACAUAUAUUUUAAAAGAGCAUAAAAUGCCAGAUGAGAAACAUAAAAUGUGCAAAAUUUACAUAAAACUAUAAAUGGAAGAAUAUAUAUUAAAUAACAAAACUAAAGGAGAAUCAAAUUUAGAUAUGUAGGUAUGUAUGUAUAUUAUAUAAUUGGUUAAUAUAAACAUUCCAAAUGAUAA